UUUGAAUGUGAAUAGGCGCGGGAAAUCUGAAAGGAGCUGCGUGGGGUCGGAGAGUUGUGCGCUAUAAUCUCCAAUAAUACACCAAGAUCAACACUGCAGCCAUGGGCAAGGAGCAAAAUGUCAACAAAAUCGAUGACUUUGUCAAACUGGAGAAGAUUGGAGAGGGAACGUACGGCGUGGUCUACAAGGCCCAGCACAAGACGACUGGCCAGAUCGUGGCCAUGAAGAAGAUCCGGCUGGAGACUGAGGAGGAGGGCGUGCCGUCCACCGCCAUCCGCGAGAUCUCGCUGCUGCGGGAGCUUGUCCACCCCAACAUCGUCAGCCUGGAGGACGUGCUGAUGCAGGAGAAGAAACUGUAUCUGGUGUUCGAGUUCCUCUCGAUGGACCUGAAGAAGUACAUGGACUCGCUGGGCAGCAAGCAAAUGGAUCGGCAGCUUGUCAAGUCCUACACGUACCAGAUCACACAGGGCAUCCUGUUCUGUCACCAGCGGCGCAUCCUGCACCGUGACCUGAAGCCGCAGAACCUGCUGAUCGACCGCGACGGCGUCAUCAAGAUCGCCGACUUCGGGCUGGCCAGGGCCUUCGGCGUGCCCGUCCGGGUGUACACGCACGAGGUGGUGACGCUCUGGUACCGCGCCCCGGAGGUACUGCUCGGCUCGCCCCGCUACUCCUGCCCCGUGGACAUCUGGUCCAUAGGCACCAUCACGGCCGAGAUGAUCAACAAGCGGCCGCUCUUCCACGGCGACUCGGAGAUCGACCAGCUGUUCCGGAUAUUCCGGACCCUGAAGACCCCCACUGAGGAGAUCUGGCCCGGCGUCAGCGAGAUGCCCGACUACAAGUCCAGCUUCCCCAACUGGACGGAGAACCAGCUGGCCGACAGCGUCAAGGGCAUCUGCCCGGAGGGCCUUAACCUGCUGCAGGAGACGCUGGUGUACGACCCGGCGAAGCGGAUCUCCGCGAGAGCCAUGCUGAAGCACCCCUACUUCAACGACCUGGACAAAACGUCGCUGCCCGCCGACAACUGCUGAGCGGGUCGUGUUGCGCU